AUGCCGACGCUGGUCAUUGCCAUUCCUUUCCGCCCGGAUCCGAAGUGCGACUUGGACCAGAUGGCAAAGGACUUUCAACAGGAGUUCGCAGCAUCCUCUUGCAAGAAGCUUCCUGAGCAUGUUUGCGCGGAGAUCAAGGAGAUCCGGCUGGUCUACCAGAAUGAAGGGUAUGCCUGUGCAGAGGGCGACGUGGUCAUCGCUUAUGGCCAUGGCGGGGAUGACAACGCCGAUCUAAGCAACAACCAAGGCCAGUGGGUCAAGCCAAAAGAUGUCAUCGAGAUGCUGGAGGGCAUCAAUGCGCAAGCUGCCGAGAGGGUGCUCUUCAUGGCGUGCUACUCUGCACUGGAAAACCAUGCUGCGCCUUUGUGGAAGGCGAGGCAUGGCAAGAAGACCUUCGGCGGCCUGAAGGAUGUGGCAACUCUCUUCCAAGGCCCAUUGAGGUCUGGGCUGUUCACCGGCGUGUGCAAGGCGCUGGUUGAGGUCUGA